UGCAAGAGUGUGUGCUGUGACCCGUGCAAGAGUGUGUGCUGUGAGCCCUGCAAGACGGUCUGUUGUGACCCGUGCCAGAAGCCAUGCUGUGACCCAUGCCAGAAGCCAUGCUGUGACCCGUGCCAGACUGUCUGUUGUGACCCGUGCCAGAAGCCAUGCUGUGACCCAUGCCAGACCGUGUGCUGUGACCCGUGCCAGAAACCAUGCUGUGAUCCAUGCCAAACUGUGUGCUGUGACCCGUGCCAGAAGCCCUGCUGUGAUCCAUGCCAGACCGUGUGUUGUGACCCAUGCCAGAAGCCUUGUUGUGACCCGUGUCAGACCGUCUGCUGUGAUCCCUGCCAGAAACCCUGCUGUGAUCCCUGCCAGAAGCCAUGCUGUGACCCAUGCCAGUCUGUGUGCUGUGACCCAUGCCAGAAACCAUGCUGUGAUCCAUGCCAGACCGUCUGCUGUGACCCGUGCCAGAAGCCCUGUUGUGACCCGUGCCAGACCGUCUGCUGUGACCCGUGCCAGAAGCCCUGUUGUGACCCAUGCCAGACUGUGUGCUGUGACCCGUGCCAGAAGCCGUGUUGUGACCCAUGCCAGUCCGUGUGCUGUGACCCGUGCCAGAAGCCGUGCUGUGAUCCCUGCCAGACUGUCUGCUGUGACCCAUGCCAGAAGCCAUGCUGUGACCCGUGCCAGUCUGUGUGCUGUGACCCGUGCCAGAAGCCGUGCUGUGACCCGUGCCAGACCGUGUGCUGUGACCCGUGCCAGAAGCCAUGCUGUGACCCGUGCCAGACUGUCUGUUGUGACCCAUGCCAGAAGCCAUGCUGUGACCCGUGCCAGUCUGUGUGCUGUGACCCAUGCCAGAAGCCAUGCUGUGACCCGUGCCAGUCCGUGUGCUGUGACCCGUGCCAGAAGCCUUGCUGUGACCCAUGCCAGAAGCCAUGCUGUGACCCGUGCCAGUCUGUGUGCUGUGACCCGUGCCAGUCCGUGUGCUGCACCAAGGUGUGCAAGAAGUCCGUGUGCUGCGUGCCGCAGCCCUGCUGCAGCCCCUGCAGGUGCUACACUUGCGUGGUGAAGAAGCCGGUGGUGUGCUGCACCCCGCUGAGGAAGUGCUGCACCCCCUGCAUCCCCAUCCAGCAGUGCUGUGCCAGCCUCAAGAAGAGCUGCUGAGCCCAUCCCGUGUCAGCUCCAACCCUGAUGGGACACCAGGAGGUGAAGAGCUCCUCGUUCGCCUCCAGUGCUCACCAUGAUGGAGCCAACUCAUUGAGAGUCUCUUCCUCUUUUCAAGCUUAAGAUGCUGCUUCUUUCUGUCCUUUAAUUAUUGUCUUUAGUUACCGACUAUCUUUAAUUAUUGACUGUCUUGACCACACUGGAAGUGAUCACCCAGUGGACGAGGCUUUAGAUGUUAGUGGGUGUUCAUUCUCCUCUUGGUGUUUGGGGAACCUGUCAUUGUGAUCGUUUUUCAUUUCCUCUUUCGACUUGUAGACAAUAAAAUUUAGCAUUCAGCAAAACCCAA